AUGUCUGCCCACCCUCCCAGCUAUAGCCCUGAUCGGCGGUUCUCUCUGGAAUCCCAGGGUAGCUACAAUCUCUACGAGGCCGAAAAGGAGCAGUCCCUGCUCGAACGGGUCUUGCAGCGGUUGUAUCUUUUGGUAAGGUCGGUUAGGUACGGCCGCGGCUAUAGGCCUUUAGCCCCAGCUUUCACUCAGUCUCGCGCCUACCGUCGCGUUCUAUUCCGGCUGGCAUACUAUGUCGUUGUCGCUCUAUCGGCCGUUCUGGUCCUUGGACUUCUCUUUUCCACAUUCUUUCCCUCAUAUACACGACCUCCGUCUCACUACAUAUCACUCCGCGACCAGGUAUCGAAGUCAAGCCAUCCUGGGCGGGGGAAUCCGCGCAAUGAGACGGUCUUCAUUGCAGCUAGCCUGCUCGACCCGGAUGGGAGCCUUGCACGGGGUCACUGGGCGUCCAGCGUCCUUGAACUCAUCGACCUCCUUGGAGGUGACAAUGUUUUCCUGAGCAUCUACGAAAAUGACAGCGGAGAGGAAGGGGAAUCGGCUCUGAAGGAGCUAGACGCGCGAGUCGAAUGCAAUAAGUCUAUAGUGUAUGAGCACUUGGAUCUCGAUGAGCUUUUAAAAGUUACUAUUCCGGGCGGAGAAAAGCGCGUCAAGCGGAUUACCUACUUGGCCGAGACUCGCAACCGCGCUCUUCGACCACUCGACCAGUCUACCACUCGGUUUGACAAACUUCUAUACUUGAAUGACAUAGCUUUUGAUCCAGUCGACGCGCUGCAGCUCUUGUUUUCUACCAACGUUGAUGACAAUGGGGUAGCGCAGUACCGUGCGGCUUGCGCUGUGGAUUUUAUUAAUCCUUUCAAAUUCUACGAUACAUAUGCCACGCGUGACUUGGAAGGCUAUAGCAUGGGCCUGCCUUUCUUUCCAUGGUUCUCAACCUCUGGCAACGGCCGAAGUCGGAGAGACGUCCUUGCUGGGAAAGACGCGGUACCUGUCCGCAGCUGUUGGGGAGGAAUGGCAGCGUUCGAUGCUCAGUUCUUUCAAAACAGCACCGGGCCGAUUUUCGAUAUAGCAGGGGAGGUUACCCCCGCUCGCUUCCGCGCCCUACGAGAUGAAGAUCUUUUCUGGGAUGGGUCCGAAUGCUGUCUGAUCCACGCUGAUAUUCAGAAACCACUGCAUACCAGUAGUGAAGAUGACGAACCUCAGGCCGAGACUGGUAUAUACAUGAAUCCUUUUGUACGCGUUUCAUACGAUGCGACCACUCUGUCGUGGCUAUGGACUACGCGUCACUUCGAGAAGCUCUACACUCCCAUUCACACCAUCGGCAACCACCUCGUCGGCUUGCCUUGGUUCAAUGCCCGACUGGACGAGAUUCCCGGGGAAAUUGUGCAGGACACUAUCGUUGUAUUUGACGAAAAUGGAGAAGGUUCUCUCCAGACUAUCGAACGAGUCGCUAGACACGAUGCUUUUUGUGGACGGCUUGGACUUCAGGUGGCCGUUCCACGGGGCGAGGGCAAAAAGGGAUGGCAGACGAUACCACUUCCGACCGAAGACAUGUACCCAAGCUAAAUAUCUAAAAUGCAUAGUACGCAGAGACCGGUAGACAGGCGCGAGCCUCCAGAUAUUCGCAUAUGGUUUGGUCAGCAAGAUC